AGUGGUUAAAUUGGUUGGAACCUUUGUACUUUCUGAAAUAGAUAUAUGGACACUUAGAUUUGCGAUCCCAACUAUGUGUAUGUUGGUGGCAACAUUGUUCUUCUGGAGUAUUAGUGUCCAUAAUUCUAUCAAGAGACAUGAUCCUCCUGGAAGCUUCCUUACUACCAUUCGUAGGGUCAUUGUUCCCAGCUUCUUCUUAAGAUCCACUGAGCUGAAUCAGGGUUAUGAUAAUACUAGAACGCGCUAUGGUCGUCGCCUUAGGUGCCUAGACAAAGCAAUAAUUAAUUUACCAAAUAAUGCUGAUCAAGAACAAAGAAACAGGGUGAUCCGAGAUGUUGAAGAAGUUAAAAAAUUCAUAUGCAGAAUUCCCUUUUGUAUGGCCUUUUUCGUUUUGGGUAUUGUAUCUUCAGUGGGAGACACUUACUUUAUCGAACAGGCAGACAACAUGGAUUACAUGGUUAAAGAGUAUGAAGUCCCAAUUGUUGUGCUUCGACUAUGGUACGGACUCUCCAAAAUACUGGUCAGCGAACUUUAUAAGAAUAUAAUGCAAAAACUACUCAAAAACAAUAGUAAAAGUAAUAAUAAUAAUAGUAAUAAUAGCAAUAGUAGUGAACAUAAUUUGUUCUCAUCAAAAUAUGCUGGUUGUGUUGGAGUAGCUGUAUCCAUGAUUUUUGCAAUACUAUGUUGUUUUACUGCUGCAAACGUGGAGAAGCACAGGUUAGAUAAGGUUAAAGAUAUGUACGAUAAACAUGGUCCUGCUUAUGAUGGAAUAAUUCCGAUGAGCAUGUUUUGGUUGCUACCGCAAUUCUUUCUUCUUGGGAGCUUUGAUGGGAUUUUAGAUGAAAGCAUUGAUCUUUUCUGUAAUACUCAUGAGGCUCCUACUUCUUCAGAUCGUGUUAUGAGUGUUUUUUCUUUGCUCAUUAUUGGUUUAGGAAGAAUAGGUAGUAUCUUAUCGGUAUUUGUGGCUCGAAAGGCUAGUGCAUGGGUAGGUAAGACUAGUUGGUUUGAAGAUGACCUAAACAAGAGUCGUUUGGAUAAGUAUUACUGGGUAUUAGCUGCGUUGAGUAUAGCAAAUAUUGUUUAUUAUAACAUCUUGUAUUAUUGUACUAGUUUGAGAUCAGAAGUGAGAGAAUCAGAUUAGAUUUGAUGGACCAGUUUAUCUUUGUCGGGUACAAUUUUAGUAUAUCUAAUUUGGUGCACUGUGAUAUUGUGUUAUACGGUGUAUAUCGUGUACAUUAUUCUAAAUGGAAGUAUUAUGUUCGGUUUUUUUUUUUUAUAUAUUUUAAGAUGUUCUAUAUUAGAUUGAUAUAUAUUUUAUAUUUUUGGAGACUUUCAAGUGAUAUGUUGGUGCAGAAACCUGUUUGGAUUGAAGGAAGCUCAAUCGAGCUUGGAACAAUGAAACAAACCAUAAAAUUUCCAAUUGCGGCUAGGCUUCUCAUUCCAACAUCAACGUAUAAAUACCUCAUAAAACGAUACCAUCUUGUCUA